AUGAAUUCUACCGCAACUAACGCAGCUAUGGCCACCCUGUUGCUGCUGACAGCGUCACGCAUUGGCGGUGUGCGGACGCAGGCGAAGUGCCCCGCCGAGUCGUGCGUGCCGCUGCGCGAGUGUCCGGCGCUUGCGUGCCCCCUGCACGCCAGGGCGCCUCACAGUCGAGCGAACGCGGAACGCGCGAUCUGCGGCUCCGUGGGCGCCUACUUGAAGGUCUGCUGCCCGACUAACGAGGCAACGUAUCAAGACAACAACGACAACACGAUAAUGGGCAGGAUUAGGUCCCUGGCUGAGAUAUGCGAGAAGCGAAGUAUGCCAAUGUCAUCCUUGCUGCCGGAGACGUGCGGGCAACACACGGGUGUGCCACGCAUUGUAGGAGGCAGGGAGGCGAGCUUGGGGCAGUACCCAUGGAUGGUGGCACUGCAUUAUAAACAUACGAAAAAUGGGGAGCGGAGAGUUCUGUGCGGAGGAUCGCUGAUCAGUGGACGCUAUGUACUGACUGCUGCGCACUGCGUCGCGUCAAGCUACUUAAAAAAGUGGAUAAUGACGCAUGUGGUUCUCGGGGACUGGAGGCUGAGCACAGACCCCGACUGCUCGGACAACGUCUGUGCUCCUGAGCGCAUUUCUGUCUUAGUUGAAGAAGUGGUCGUGCAUCCGGGGUUUAACACACCCACGGUGCUGAACAACGAUAUCGCUCUAAUCAGACUGAGGAGCGAGGUCAAUUUCAAUCAAUAUAUUCAACCAAUCUGCCUGCCGCCAACGAACUUUGGGCGCUCAGAAGUCUCGGUGAACCAAACCGUGCUUGCGGUUGGCUGGGGCCACACCAGAACUGGUGACGGUAGCGACGUGCUGCGAGUUGCUCUCCUCAACAUCGCAAACCCGUUCGUCUGCAAACGAGUUUUUCCUUCAAAUUUUCAUCUUAACGGAGUGCAGAUGUGCAUCGGUGGAGGGCCGGAUGACACGUGUUCUGGCGACUCCGGAGGCCCAGUGAUGAAUCUGAACAAAGAGCAGCGUUACUAUGUGCUGGCCGUCACUUCUUUCGGAACGCAGGAGGGCUGCGGUAUAUCUGGACGACCUGCCGUGUACACCUCAGUUGCUCAUUUCAAUGACUGGAUCCGCCAGUCAAUGAAGUACUGAGACAUUGCAGUAAUUGCGUUUGUUAAACACUUACUUCUGUAAUAUUUACUUUUGUAUUACAGUAAUUACUU